AUGAUUUCUUCUUUAAGAGAUGGUUUGGCUGUUGCUAAAGCUGGAAUUAAAUCAUUUAAACAAAAUAAUUCUUUAAAAUUUAAUCCUCCAAAGGGAUGUCAACAUUCUGUUUCUGAAUGGACAAAUUUUGCUGAGGAAAAACUUUUCGAUGAAUUAAAACGACAACCAAUUUAUGAAACUUUGAGUGGAGAACAAAUAAAUUUUAAUGAAAGAGGCGAUAGAAAGGGAAUGACAUAUGAAAUAUUAAAUGCUAAAGAGUUUGUUGGACCUCUUGUAGUUGUUGGAAAUUUAAAUGGACGUGGAGAAUUAAUUUUGGAUGAUAGGGCAAUUAUUUGGCCUGGGGGAUUGAGAAGAAAACCUUCGGAAUUAACACUUCCAAAACAUUUAAGAGUUACUUUAGUUGUUGAUCCUCCUUUUGUAUAUGCAUUUAAAGGUAAAUAG